CUCCCUCGUGGCCAACAGUGUCUUAUAUUUUGAUUUAGAUGCUCCAUUACUCUAACCUCUAUCUUUCCAAUUUUAAUCUUGGAUUGUAACAUGAAUUUAAGAAACAUGCUACCUGCUGUCAGAAGUGUUUUUCAAACUGUACACUUUCAAACCUCUCUACUGAAGCAUGGCUGGAAUUCGAUGUCAACUUCUUCUGUUAGAUUGAGGAAGACGAAUUAUCUUACGGCUCCUGAUGAUUACUCAGAUAUUGUAAUUCCUGAAAGGCCGAAACUCCCUAUGCUCCUGAAAGUGCCAAUGUUAGGACCUGGUCAAAGACACAUUAAAAUGAAAAAAAAUCUGAAGUUUAUGAGGGGCCCUGAAGAAGUUCAUAAUGCACUUUUGCACGAACAAUUUGGUAUAAUGGCCUUGACAGGAGGUAGAUUAAAGCAUUCUCAUCUCGAAAUGCUGCGCAUGAAAAUCGGCAAGAAAAUGGAUACCAACAGAAUGUUUGCAGUCUGGAGAGUGGAUGACCCUUGGCAACCUAUUACAAAGAGGGGUGUUGGCAAAAGACAUGGUGGUGGAAAGGGUGCUAUAGAUCAUUAUGUGACUCCUGUGAAGGCGGGGCGAAUCAUUGUUGAAGUUGGAGGCAAAUGCUCUUUUGAUGAGGUCCAACCAUGGUUAUCAAAACUAGCAGAUAUAAUGCCAUUUGAUGCUAUUGCAGUUGAUCAGAAGACACUGCUGGCAAUGAAAAAACUUGAAGAACUUAAAGAGCAACGUAAUUGCAACCCCUACACGUUUAAAUAUCUUGUAAUGAAUCGGAUGUGUGGCUCUCAUAACUGGUUGAAAAAUAUGGACAAACUUUACUUUGGAAAAUAUGAGUAACAGAACUUUA